CUGAUAACUGCUGAUAAAAUCGUCAAUAUCGGAAGGUCAACGAAAAUCUUAAAACAACAAGUUUUAUAUCAAAACAUUGUAAGCAUUAUGUCAGUACAGAGUGAUCAAGAAAUAGACGUUAUGCACGGAUUAAAAACUGUUUUGGCUCAAAUAGACUCAGCUGUAGCCAGGAGGAGCAAAGAUCUCCCACAAGUAAUACCAAGAUUAGUAGCAGUAUCAAAAAUAAAACCUGCAACAUUAAUAGUUCAAGCUUAUGAAGCAGGGCAGAGACAUUUCGGAGAAAAUUAUGUAAAUGAACUUGCAGAUAAAGCCAAAGACCCAUUAAUAUUGGAUAAAUGCAAAGAAAUAAAGUGGCAUUUCAUUGGCCAUCUACAAACAAAUAAAAUAAAUAAACUUCUCGGCUCUCCUGGUUUGUUUAUGGUUGAAACUGUUGAUUCUGAAAAACUGGCUGAUAAUUUAAAUAAACAAUGGCUGAAAUAUAGAAAAGAAGAAGAAAAGUUAAAGAUUAUGGUGCAAAUAAAUACAAGUGGUGAAGAAGCAAAAAAUGGCAUCGAACCACCAGAGACAUGUCAACUAGUUGAGCAUGUAUUGAAGAAUUGUCAAAAUCUUGAGUUUACUGGCUUAAUGACUAUUGGCCAGUAUGACUAUGAUUUAUCAAAAGGCCCUAAUCCAGAUUUCAUAACAUUGGCAAAAUGUCGGGAAGAAGUUUGCAAUAAACUGAAUUUAGAUAUAAAAAAUGUAGAAUUGUCUAUGGGUAUGUCCAGUGAUUUUGAACAUGCUAUUGAAGUUGGUGCUACCACAGUUCGUGUUGGGUCAAAUAUUUUUGGUGCCAGGCCGCCCAAUUUUAAACCUUAAGUUAUUAUAAAUUAUUAAGCACAAAGUCUUCCAAAGUGUAUGCAUUGCUUAACUGGCAAAAAUACAGAAAGUAAUAUAAAUUAAACACAUGGCUUGCCCUAAUAUACCUAUACGAUACUUCGUAUUUAUCUCAUUUUAGAUAAUUAGACUAUUAUAAAAAUUAGUAAAUUGUUAUACUAUCUGUUUGUCAGAUUU